GUCAAGACCUGGUGGCCUGCGUUGUUCUCUCCUCAGACUGGAAAAUGGCUUCUUCAAUGUUCAUCUUGAGGCAGAUGUUGGUGAUGACCAUCUUUCUCAUCCUAGCACUGUGCUUGUCUUUUGUUUUUUGGGAAACUAUUUCGAAAAGAAAAUCAUUCUCAGAUCUCACAAUACCGAAGCAGUUUUGGACUGACCUGCCUGGCUGUUUGGCUGUCAUCAGUGGAGAUGUACAUGACAAGAAAACUGAAUUGAAAAUGCUUCUUGGAUCCAGGAGGAAGCAAACAAUUUUAUCUGAGGAAUUCUACAUUAAUGCAACAAAGGACUGUCCGGCUUACAUUAAAGAGAGAAGUUUUAUUUCAAAGCCUCUUAGUGAGGAGGAAAAUAAUUUUCCUAUUGCCUACUCCAUGGUCAUCCAUGAGAAGAUUGAGAUGUUUGAGCGACUCCUACGAGCUGUUUAUGCUCCACAGAAUAUCUACUGCAUACAUGUGGACCAAAAAUCCUCUCCAGAAUUUCAGAAGGCUGUGAAGGGAAUUAUUUCUUGCUUUCCCAAUGUUUUCAUAGCUAGUAAACUAGAAAGAGUUGUAUAUGCCUCGUGGUCCCGAGUACAGGCAGAUCUGAACUGCAUGAAAGACCUGCUGAACUCUCAUGUCGACUGGAAGUACCUGCUCAAUACCUGUGGGACAGACUUCCCCAUCAAAACAAACAGAGAGAUGGUGACGGCACUGAAAGCUCUCAUCGGGAGAAACAGCAUGGAAACUGAAGCCACCAACGACUACAAGAAAACCAGAUGGCAGUAUCAUUACAAUGUUACAGACAAUAUCAUCCAGACAGGUAUCAUGAAGACGCCUCCACCUAUUAGCAGCCCCAUGUUCUCGGGAAAUGCCUACUUUGUGGUCACAAGAGCAUUUGUGGAGCAUGUGAUGAAAAACGAAGACAUUCAGAAUUUCAUGGAGUGGGAGAAGGACACGUACAGCCCUGAUGAGCACAUGUGGGCUACUUUACAGAGGAUGCCCUCUGUUCCUGGGUCAUUGCCUGCUAAUGAUAAGUAUGAUGUGUCAGACAUGCAGUCUUUUGCUCGCGUGGUAAAGUGGUCUUAUUUAGAGGGCAAUGUGCGCAAAGGAGCCCCGUACAACCCGUGCACAGGGCAACACAGAAGGGCCGUCUGUGUGUACGGGGCUGGUGACCUACCAUGGCUCCUAGAACAACACCAACUCUUUGCAAACAAGUUUGAUCCUGAAAUUGAUGAUGUUGCAAUCAGGUGUUUGGAGGCAGUUCUGCAUUUUAAAGCUUUAGGCCAUGAACCACUGUCAAAAUAUUUAAAUACCUUGUAAAACUUGAAAUGCUUUGAAGCUGAAAUAUAUUAACUGCUACUUCAACCCAGGUGAAUAUUUUGGAAACCAAUUUAUUUAUAAUAAUCCCCUGAAAUGUCUCAACAAUAUUGUCAAUAUUUUAAUUUCUUUUACAAUUACUUUGGAGUCUUAAUGGAAGAAAUGUAGCUCAUUGUAAUGAAGUGACUUGCAAUGUGAAAGAUGUACUUGUUUAUACUAAAGUCAGUGCUACUUUAUCACUGUAGCACAAACAAAAAGAAAUAAAAACAUGCAAACAGUGUGGAUACACGGCUUUACUUGGAAUGACAGGACCUACAUCUUUGUUUUAGAAUGCUUUCAAGAAUGAUGAGCAGCCAUCAGUCGAAGGGCAAAUUCAAGUGAGGGACAACAAAAUAAAGCUUAUAAAGAAUGAAAACAAUUUUAGCCAACAUCAAACUUACUUUUUUCCCUUUUUUCCGCAAACACCUCUUACAAUGUAAUGUAGGCUGGCUUUCAGUUAAGCCGUACUUGUUACCAUAACUUCUGAAAUUUCUUGGUUGAUAUGAAUAACACUACCAGCAUUAUAAUUAUUAUAAUAUUGUUUCUUUUCAGUGCAGAAGUCCACAAAACUAUCUGUACAGUCUGCCGUCAAAAUCCUCCCAUCGCCUGCUGCACACACUAAGAGCGGUAUUUUGUAAUUUGUGCUGGAAUAACCACCAAUUUCCUGAAGCGAUUUGUUUUACAUCUGCCUGAUUUGAUUUUAUUUGAUUUGAUAUUAAUUUAUUAACAGAUAUUCUCAGAUCCCCAUUUUUAUAACACACUGAGCCCAUUUACAUGACCAUCAAAAUCAGAUAUCUGGGAGUUAUUAUAUAAUUGUAGUAAUCUGGUAUAACGUGUCUACAUGCACUUCUGAAAUACGAUAUUUGAAAGAUCAUUGUCUACAUUUACCAGUUAAUAAUUAUUAACUUUGGUGUCCAGUGUUGAAGUCAGUUAGAUUCAGACAGACCAGAAUGUACAGAAACUGAAUGUAUUUUUGAUGUUCAGUAUCAGGACUGACAGAGAAUUCAAAGUAGCUUAGUUAAUGUUUACAGGAGCAUGUAGUGGCUCUUUGAUUUAGUGUCCUUUUAAGUUGAAUUGUAUAUUUUUCUUCUACAAAGUGCAUGUUUCUAUUUAGUACACAUCAUUAGAUAAGUAUGUGAUCAGUAACCAACUACAUUUAUUUGUGCAAAUGUAUAUAUAUAUAUUCCUUUUUUUUUUUUUACUAUGAA